AUGUUUUUGUCUAGAACCUUUGCCAAGCCCCAGUUUGCCCGUUGUUUCUCUGGCUCUGCUGCCAGAUUCGUUGCUGUCGGUGAUAAGAUCCCUUCGGCCACUUUGUUUGAAGGAAGUCCAGGAAACGAUGUCAACUUGGCUGAAGACGCUGCCAGCGGCAAGGCUGUUGUCAUCGGUGUUCCAGGAGCCUUUUCUCCUGCCUGCUCCGCCUCUCAUGUGCCUGGAUACCUCAAGAAAUUGAGAGAAUUCAACGACAAGGGCUACACCAGCUUCUACGUGGUAGGUGUUAACGAUGCUUUCGUUAUGAAGGCCUGGGGAGAUUCUCUUUUGGGUCACCUCACCGGCACCAACCAGGUGAGAUUCUUGGCUGACCCCAAGGGAGAGUUUUCCGAGGCUUUGGAUACUCUUUUCGAUGCGUCUAAGUUCUUUGGCAACUCCAGAACCAAGAGAUUUGCAUUGUUGUUGGAGGAUGGUGUUGUGACCAAGACGUUUAUUGAGCCUGACAAUGUGUCUGUGGAGGUUUCCGGGGCAGAUGCUGUUCUCAAGGAAGCCUAG